AUGAAAUACCCUCCCCGCGCCGCUUCCCCCUCUUCCGUUGGAAGCCAUUUGGGCGCGCCCGGCCGUGCCGUCCCAGGCGGCGGCGGCGGCGAUAUUGGCGCGUAUCACGUUAGUAGUGCCGGCUCGCACUCGCUCCCCCGUGGGGGAGGCGCAUACCCGAACCAGACGGAAAUUCUGCCUCCGCCGCACGCUUUUCAUCCGCCGCUUCCCCCGCCAUCUGCUGCGCCCCACCACGCGGCAGCGGCGAUGCGGUCACCGCGGCAUCCGCUCGCGCCGCCGAUCGGCGCAAUGGUCCCCGCAGCGGGCGGGGCAGGGGUAGUAAUGCCGGGGAGGAUGGCGGGACCCGGCCGGCUGGGAGCAGUUCCUUCUGGGUAUAACGGUGCAAUGGGCGCGCCGCAACAACAUCAGCUUCCUCAUCCGUACCACCAACAGCAGCAGCAUCAACAGCAGCAGCAGCAGCAACAGCAGCAACAGCAGCACCAGCAGCAACAGCAGCAACAGCAGCACCAGCAACAACAACAACAGCAGCAGCAGCAGCAGCAGCAGCAGCAGCAGCAGCAGCAGCAGCAGCAGCAGCAGCAGCAGCAGCAGGCGAAGCAGGAGAAGGAGUCGGAGUGGGAGCAGCAGCUGAAGGCGGUGCUAUUCCGCAAGGUGCCCUUGGACGAGGUGCGCGUGGCCACGGGACAGUUCAGCCGCCGCCACGUGCUGGGCGAGGGCGCAUUCGCCGUCGUGUACCGCGGCCGCGGGCCCCACGGCACGACGUGGGCGGUCAAGCGCACCAAGCGGAGCCUCCCCGCGGGCUCCGCGGGCGCGCUGGACUUCGAGAACGAGGUGCUCGUGAUCUCGCGACUGUCUCACAAGAAUCUCAUACGCCUCCUAGGAUUCUGCGUGGAGGGCGGAGAGCAUAUUUUAAUCUACGAGUUCGCGCCGCACGGGUCCCUCGGGUCGGCUCUCGUACGCGACCAGCCGCACUUGACCUUCGACAAGCGGCUCGAGAUCGCCGUGGGAACCGCCGAGGCGCUGAAUUACCUCCACACUGCCACGUCACCGCCCAUUGUGCACCGCGACGUGAAACCCGAUAAUAUCCUGCUGGACGACAAGCUCCUAGCGAAGCUAGGCGAUUUCGGCCUCCUUAAGAACCUCAUAGACGGCGGGGGCGCGCAGGGCACGGUACAGGCCGCGUUCACGCGCAUCGCGGGAACGCCCGGGUAUCUCGACCCGGACUACCACCUUACAUCGAAGGUGACUACUAAGGGGGAUGUGUAUAGCUUCGGCGUGGUACUGCUCGAGCUUUUCACCGGACAGCGCGCAAUCCUCAUGGGGAAACCCGAAUGCGCGGGCGGAGCGAACCAACAGCACGGGCGGAAGGCGGAGGCGGAAGCGGACGCUGGGGGGCGAGGCGGCGGAAGAAGGGCCGCGGGAAUUCCAGGGAUGCCGGGGGUUCCUGUAGGCGCGGACGGGAGCGAUCCGGUGCAUAUUUCCCAGUGGGCUGCGCCGUACGUGCAGUAUGGCGUGGUGGAGGAGGUCGCGGACGCGCGCAUGGGCGGAGAAUACGACCCAGUCGCGCUGCUCCACGUGUUCGAGAUCGCGCUGCAGUGCGUGCGCCCCACGAAGACCCGCCCCGCCAUGACCGCCGUGGUGCGCGCGCUCGUGGAGAUUCGCGAGCGCCUCGCGGAGCGGCGCGCGGGCGGGCGCGGAGGGGACGUGGCGGUGCUCGCGGAGGCGGAAGGCGGAUUGCGGAGAGGCAUAGCGGAGGGGGAAGGGGCGGACAGGGGCGGGAGGCGGAGAACGGGGAGUCAUGGCAGGCGGGAGGCGGACGAGGGGGGAUUGAGCGGGCGAGAGAGAGGGGGAAGCCCAUGUGAGCGGACAGGGUCGCGGGGGAGGGAGGGGGAUGAGGGGAAUAUAGUGAGGGGAGGAUCGUUGAAGCGCGGGGGUUCAGGCGGAAGGGCGCAGAGAGAUGUGGGGGAAGGAUCUGGCCAGAGGGGAGGAGAGGAGUUUGUGCGGCGGGAAGAUAGAGGGGAGAGAGGAGAGAGGAGGGAAAGGUGGGAGAGGGGGGAGAGAAUGGGGGAUCAGGAACGGGCAAUGGAGGGCUUGUCAGGACGGAGGGGUGAGAAGUAUGCCGAAGGGAGGGAGGGAUGGGAGGAUGAGGAGGGGAGAGUGAGGCGAGAGGAGGAGGAGACAUGGCAGAGACGGCAGCAGCAGUGGCAGCAGCAGCAGUGGCAAAGGGAUGAAGCAGCCGAUACCGGACGCGGAGUGGGAGGAGGAGGAGGAUAUAGAGGGGAAGAAUUCAGAGGGGGAGCGAACGGGAGAACAUCAUCUGUCCCCUUUACGCUCACCCCAUAG